CUCUCCCUGUUAGGGUGAAUGUCUCUCUACCUGUGCGUGUCUCCUCCUCCUCCUCCUCCUCCUCAUCGGAGCCUCUCCUCCCGGGUCUCAGUCGCUGUUGCUGCUCCGUCGGCUGCAGCUCCAGCUCCGUCCGCCUCUCCCUCCGUCUCCGUUGGUCUGUACCUGUCUCCGUCUACCUGCCUCCCUCCCUCCUCCUCCUCCUCCCUCCGCACCCCCUCCUCCAUCCCUCUCCUCCUCUUCCUCUUCCUCCUCCUCCUACUCCCGGUGCUCUCCGGUUCUCGGCGCGGACAUGCUCCCGGGGCUCCGGAGAUGAGGCUCAGAAAUGUCUCCUUCCUGACGGUCUUGUUGUUCGGGCUGUGCGGGCUGGUCUCCCUGUCCUGGUACACCGCCUUCAGCAGCUCCAGAGGAGAUGUGGUGGACAUCUACCAGAGGGAGUUCCUGGCCCUGAGGGAGCGGCUGCACUCGGCCGAACAGGAGAACCUGAGGAGGUCCAAAGAACUGAACCUGGUCCUGGAGGAGAUCAAGAGGGCCAUCGCAGAGAAGCAGGCCCUACGGGACAUCAACCGCACCUGGAGCAGCCUUUCAGAGGAGACCAGGCUGAAGCUGUGGAACGUCAGCAGCAGUAAGAACGUCCUCCAGCUUCCAUCCAUCUUCCACCACCUUCCACACCUUCUGAACCGAGAGGACAGUCUGCAGCCCGCUGUCCACCUGGGACAGGGACGCACCGGAGUGUCCAUCGUCAUGGGUGUUCCCAGCGUGAAGCGGGAGGUCCACUCCUACUUGACCGACACACUCACCUCUCUGAUGUCGGAGCUCAGUGCUGCCGAGAAGGACGACUGCGUCAUCGUCGUCCUCAUCGCCGAGGCUGACCAGCAGUACGCCACCAGUGUAGCAGACAACCUGAAGCGCCUUUUUCCAGCAGAGAUCCAGUCCGGUCUGUUGGAGGUCGUGUCGCCAUCCGUCCACUUCUACCCAGACUUCUCUCGCCUUCGUGAGUCCUUCGGCGACCCCAAGGAGAGAGUCAGGUGGAGAACCAAGCAGAACCUGGACUACUGUUUCCUGAUGAUGUACGCCCAGUCCAAAGGAACCUACUACGUCCAGCUGGAGGACGACAUCGUUGCUCGUCCAAACUACUUCACCACCAUGAAGAACUUUGCGCUGCAGCAGCCGUCAGAGGAGUGGAUGAUCCUGGAGUUUUCUCAACUUGGCUUCAUCGGUAAGAUGUUUAAGUCGUUGGACCUGUCGCUGAUCGUCGAGUUCAUGCUGAUGUUCUACAAAGACAAACCCAUCGACUGGCUGCUCGACCACAUCAUGUGGGUGAAGGUUUGCAACCCAGAGAAGGAUGCGAAACACUGUGACCGGCAGAAGGCCAACCUGAGGAUCCGAUUCAAGCCGUCGCUCUUCCAACACGUUGGCACUCACUCGUCUCUGGCUGGAAAAAUCCAGAAACUCAAGGAUAAGGACUUUGGGAAGCAGACGUUGCACAAAGGCCACGCCAACCCGCUGGCAGAGGUGACGACCAGCCUGAAGACCUACCAACACUUCACCCUGGAGAAGGCCUACCUGGGCGAGGACUUCUUCUGGGCCUUCACCCCAGUGGCCGGAGACUUCAUCCGGAUCCGCUUCUUCACACCGGUCCGGGUCGAGAGGUAUUUCUUUCGCAGCGGAAACAUUGAACAUCCAGGAGACAAACUCUUCAAUACGUCGGUGGAGGUCCUGCCGUUCGAUAAUAUCCAGGCAGAGAAAGAGGCCUUGACAGAAGGGAGGGAAAAAACACCAAAGUACCAUCGAACAGAGGACGGCUUCAUCAGAAUAGGAACGUUCCAGAACGGCAUCGCAGAGGGGGAGGUGGACCCCACCUUCGGGCCCCUGGAGGCCAUGCGUCUGACGGUGCUGACAGACUCUCCAGUCUGGGUGAUCCUCAGCGAGAUCUUCAUUAAGAAAGCCGAGUGAAGCUCCGCCCCCUCAGUGAUACCUCAGCGCCUCAGAGCCACCCGACCUGGAGGCUCCAGUGGAACCACGGUGCAGCAGCGCCACCGUGUGGCCGGACCUCAUUACUGCAGGGACUGAACGGAUCAGAUGAACCUGCAGGGGGCGACAGAAGACGCUGGAACCCCCCCUGCCCCCGCCCUGUAUUUAUGUGUAAUAUACAAACAUACGACCAGGUAGAUGUUCAAACACUGGGACACGCGCUGGUCGAGGUCAAACUGCUGAGACUGUUCGGACCUGGUUGUGGUUUUUUAGGCGGCCGGUCUGGACCUCCACCCCCCAGAACCACCCCCCCUCAGUAACACAUGUAUGAGAUGUACACACUUAGAUCAUAUGAAUGCCCUCUGUCCGUGUGCUGGUUUGUGUCUGUAGGUGAUGCCUUAAACGAGCAGAUUCACUUCAGAAGUAGCAAAUACCCAGAAUCCUUCACUGCGACCUCUGACCUUCUCAACACAUGAAACUACUGAUGACGAGAAGAGCUGGUGUUUUACUUUUUUUUACACUUUGCUUUUCCUGAGGCCUUGUCACUGACGACCACCUGCUCUGGACCCUGGACUCUCCUGGACUUUGUUGACCCUGGUCCCACAGCGGUUUGAUCUUUUGUCCCACACAUGGAGACAACAGGCCUCAUUAUAUCUGAUCCGUCUCUUAUUUUUUAAUACAGUCAGAGUCCCCUUUAGUAAAAUAUGCAACUGACCCAGAAACAGGAUGAAUGGACCCAGAUCAGAACCAAAGGUAGAACCACAGGAAACUAAUUACCCGUGAUUCCUCCAACAGGUCUAGACUCGGAAACUGUCUAUGACCGUGACCCAUGUUUAGAUUUUCAGAAAAUGCACAGGUCCAAUCAGAUUAAAGUCAUGUUUACGUCCAAAAAUAUUCCAAAUUUUAAUGAAAUUUAGAGAAAAUCUGUAAACAACAAAAAAAAAAAAAAAAACAUUUGAACAUCUGUAUUUUUCAGUGUAAAUUCUGUAUUUUUUUAUAUUUAAUUCACUUUUUUAGAUGUUCAUUAAAGCUCAGAGUAAAUUCACAGGUUAUUUUAACAAUACAUAGAAAACUGAAGGAAAGUGACUUGUCAGUCAAAUCUAUCAUAAACUGAACAUAAACCCAGUGUCUUUGAUUCAACUCAUGGGUUUGUGGAAUUCAUUUGUUUAAAUUAACAGAAUCUGCAACAAAAAUGAGCAAAAUAAGAAUUAAUUCAGCAAAAAUGAUCAAAAUAUACAACAAGAAAGAAGAAAAUACCUGUUAAAUUAAUGAAAAAGUAGAUACUGAAUCAAAAUUGAGCAGAAUAACCAUUAAUUCAACAAAACU